AUGGAACAAAGUGAAGAUGAACAGGAGUCCCAGCCAGAGAGUCAUGUGGAUAACAAGAGCAGCGUGAAAUCCUUGCCUGGGGGAGCGGCCCAUGUCAAACUAGAGAUAAAAAAACAUGCAGUUACAGAUGACUACAAACUCUCCAAACGGGUGCUAGGGUUGGGAAUCAAUGGCAAAGUGCUGGAGUGUUUCAACAAGGAGACAGGCCAGAAAUGUGCUUUGAAGCUCCUGUACGACAACCCAAAAGCCCGUCAGGAAGUAGAAUAUCAUUGGCGAGCAUCAGGGUGUCCCCACAUUGUCCACGUCCUGGAUGUUUAUGAGAAUAUACAUCAUGGAAAGAGAUGCCUUCUCAUUGUCAUGGAAUGCAUGGAGGGAGGAGAGCUGUUUAGCAGGAUCCAGGAGAGAGGAGAUCAGGCUUUCACCGAGAGAGAGGCCUCUGAGAUAAUGAGAGACAUCGGAACAGCCAUCCAGUAUCUGCACUCCAUGAACAUUGCCCAUCGAGACGUCAAG